UAUCCUUAAGCAGAGCGCAUGCGAAGAAAAGUUGCAGAUGAUGUGAGCUGCCUUAAAAACAGAAAAAAUAAACGGGAAUUGUUCACCACCCCAAAGAGAAUGAGUUUUAGAAAUCAGGUGCUUGCAGCUUUUAAACAGCUGCAUAAAACAAGAAAAGUUGUAUUUGAAGGAGACACAUAUGCAUUAAAAUUAACACAAGACAAGAUAAAUGAGGAAUUCAAGAAAAAUAAGAAUGAAACAGAUUCUGACAAAAUAAAAGAACUGAUUAAGAUAGCAAAUGAUUCUGAGACCAUUCUAAGAAAGAAUGUGGUUCAGCUGAAACUAAAGGAAGAUACUAAGGAUGAAGAAAGCCAGACAUGGGAGAUGAAGAUAAGAGAGGACACAGAAAUGUAUGAUUUCACAGAACCCUGGGAACCUCCCCCAGUUAACAAAAAACAGAAGAAAUGUUCCUGACAGGUCUUAACCACUGUGCCAGAAAAGCUGUUCAUUUUGAAAAAUGGUUACAGGACACAUUCAGUACCGUGUUAAAUAGCUCAGAUUCAGCAGAAUUUUGGCAAGCAAGAAAUGAAGUAUUGUGGAAAAAAAUUGAAAUAAAUGCAUCUUUCCAUUUCCCUUCAAAAGUUUAACUGAUUCAGCAGAAAGAAAAAAGCAUGAAAACACAUUUACCCAUGGCACUUGAACAAUCAGAAAUGUUAUGCUAGCCAAAUAUUGUUUUAGCCAAUUGGCUGUGGGCUCAAGUUUUUGUAAGUGUACCAUUUCCAAUGUUAGCAUGCUGCUGAAAAUAAGAUGUUAAAAACAUAACGGUGGUAAGUUCCUUGGAUUUUGUACCUUUUUCACUGGAUAUUGAAUGGAUAAUAAACCAACAAAAACAACUUU